AUGGGUCAUUUGUUAAUUGAUAUGGCCGCUGUGAAGGUUGUCCGAAGAAUUCGGACGCGUUAUAGGACAACACCUUCAUGCUACAUUGUCGUUUACCUUGUUGGCGCCAAUAUUGGUCUGCUCGCUUUCAUUUCAAAGCCUAGCCAAACCAUCAAACCUGUUUUUUUAACCGAUCUCCUUCAAUCUACGGCAGCGUUGAAUUCUUCAAGAAAUUCAAGCAUUGCGGAGCUCCUCAGAAACCUUGUGGAGUUACAUUGCGUCAUUGUAAGAGAAGAAAAUGACACUUCUGCAUAUAAAGAAGAACAAGAAGCCAGAAUUACAUGGGCAAAAGGAUGCAAUUCGUUUUCGAUGGCGAGCAGGACCUCGCAAAUGGCGCUCUGGCCGAACGCAGUUGCUGAAACUUUCCAGAAGCAUGGAGAGACAGCUGACUGGUUUCUAUUCGUAUCCGGAAGAGCUUUUGUCGUAGCUGAGAAUGCUCGACUUUUCCUUCUCCCAUUUUCGAAAGAAAGAAACAAGGCAUUAGUGUUCGGUAGUAAAACAGAAGAUGGGAUCCUGCCGUGUGUGCUAAUGUCACGGAGAGCUGCACUAAGGAUAAAAAUGAAGAUGCAAGAAAAGCCCUCAUGCGCGCGUGGAUCACAUUUUUCACCCAAAUACCUCAUGAAGUGCCUCUAUGAUCUUGGCAUAGAAGUUUUGGAAACGAGGGACCACCUGAGAAGACACAGAAUCCUUCCACUUCCACCAAGUGAGUUUCAGAAUCCAAGAACUUCGACAGAGAUCAACUCUCUAAUAGGACUUGUCCAUCCUAUAUUUCCUGGAUGCUUCACUAUUUCAUUAACAUUGUCCACACUGAAGGAGCAGAAAUCAACUAUAGAAUGUUAUCAAAUGAUGCAAAGUUGGCGAGAGCUUUACACAAAGCAGUGGAGGAACUACCACCUACUUUUAGGAUAG